AGAGACGCCACGGAGGAGAGGAAGGAAACUGGUGCGCACAAAGACUCUGCGGACGGAGCGCUUGUUUACGCGAGCGCGCGCAGCCCCGUGGAUACUUCACGCGUGUCGCGCGGAUGUAGCGCGGAUCAAACUUGGAUUUUUUGGUCUAAGUGCGUCUGGAGUAUUUACAGUCGAGCUACUGGAUAUUUAAAGUGUGUUUAUUUCUAAAAUCUUCAGUUGUUGUUCCUGGAGCCGGCGGUGAUGUCCGGCCUCUGACAUGUCCGGUGCCUCUCGACCCACGCGGCCGCCUGUCCUGACCCCGGGUGAGAGUGAAGGAGGGUCCGACAGUCCCACAAACGUGAGCGCUCUAGACGCGUUUGGGAGCAGAGGCGCGCGUGGGUCCUCCGCAGCGGGCUGUCCCGAUGGGCCUCACGGGAGGUCCUCGCGCUCCCCUCGCCGCUCCUCCAGUGGAUAUUUCUCCAACGAAAGCACUUCUGUGCCCGCCUCGCCAGUGUCCGAGCGACCACAGGCUGAACAGGACAGUCCGAGUCCACGAGUCACCGAGCCCGCGGUGGGCAGCUCCGCGUGGAACCAUGGGGCAAGACCCUCAAGACCCUCGGGGGCGGCUUCGAUAAGGGACAUGGAGGCGGUACAGGUCGGACGGGAGCUCAGACAACUUGGAGACGAGUACAACAGGAUACUCAUAAACAGGGCAGAGGCUGGAGGGGCAGAAUGGCGGCCGCCGGUCCCCAGGAGGGAUCACACUGCCAUCGUCUGCGUGGGCCUCUUGAUAUUCCUCUUUGGACGACUACUAUACUUCCACGGCGCCACCUACAGCCAAUCUCAGGUCUAGCCCUUGAAAAACCCAGCAGACGUAGCCUUUGUCGUUCCUGUUAACGUCGGACUUGACUAUGGACUUGUUGAUAUUUCCAAAAUGAAAAGACAUUUUUUUUUUUUGUUUUUUUUUGUAAAACUCUAAUUGGAUCGUGCAUCUGUCGUCCCUCGGAGCUUUCGGAGCCUUCAGAGCAUCCAGGAGUUGGAAUUUUGCACUCUGUUCCGGUGUGAAAUGGUUUACUCAACGUGCCUUGUACAGAAUGUGUAAUUGUGUAUUCUUCUGUUCAUUUGUGUGAUUGCGUUUAUGUUGAAUGCGAACGUGAGCGUGUUGUGAGCGAGGAACUCUGCGGCGCCAGGGUUGUUAAACAGGUUUUAAAGACUGAGACGGAGCUUUAUGAGAUAGAGAAGAAUCCACGAUGUAAAAUCCAAAAAGUACCACGUUUUACCAAAGAUGUCCGCCUUCAAAAUGGUAACGUUUUUUCAUCAAACUGCAUCGACCAAAGAUUUUACAUUAGCAUUAACAUUAGCAUUAGCAGUAAAUAGUGUUAUGGGUCAAACUACCUGAGCACUUACUCUUAUAAACUCAUCAGGCAAACUGUAAUCACCUAUGUGUCAUUAUUAAUCGCAUUUUUAUACGUUAUAUGGAGUAAAGGGCACACUUUUUAUACGCGCUCAAGCCCAUUUACCGAUGUUUUUAUGGUUUUGUACGUCCUAAAAUCAUGUUAGUGACAUAGCUGGGUAUUGUCAAAGAGUUAAUUUGCAAAAACGGGAACAAAAAGAACAAAUUUAUGGGUGAUUUUCCAACAUGGAGGUGUCUGGUUUUGCGAUAUAACUCUUUUUUUAAGUGUUGACUGCACUGGCUUUUAACGUAGAGAGAAAUUACCGCGGAAAAUAUGUGUGAAAUCGAUUCGAAAUUAGAGCAAAUGAUCAAGUGUCAUUCGUAAAUGCACAGAAGCCGAUAGAAAUUAGAAAUAUCGUGUUGUACAUUCCCGUUGUUCACAGAAAAGCAUUAAUGUCCCCACACCUGCGUUACAUAACACACACACACACACAGAGGUCUAAGUGUGUGACUCACAGUGUCAUAGCGAACACAAGAAGUCACGUUUCAAAGGUUUCGAGAGAAAGUCAACAGUGUGAGUCUGGGUUUAUGACAGAACAUGUGUGUCAAUACAGUUUUAAAUCUGACGUGUGUGUGUGUGUUCUCUUAUGAAACAUAUCAGUAUAUAAAACAUACACUGCCUGGCCAAAAAAAAAGGUCUCACGCUGUAAUAUUUGGUUGUUCCAUCUUUACUUUUGAUCAUUCGCUGUGGCAUUGUUUGGGUUUCGCUUCUGCAACGUCACAAGAUUUAUUUCCAUCCAGUGUUGCAUUAAUUUUUCACCUGUUGCGUUGAUGCUGGUCGAGUCUGACGCUGCUCAAAGCUUCUCCAGCUCAUCCCAAAGAUUCUCAAUGGGGUUAAGGUCUGGACUCUGUGGUGGACAAUCCAUCUGUCACAAUUUGAGCCUGAUGAAUCCUGGCAUUGUCAUCAGGGAAGAAAAAAAUCCAUUGAUGGAAUAACCUGGUCAUUCAGUAUAUUCAGGCAGACUGUUGCUGCACCUAGACCGGACCCAACUGCAACAACUCGUACCCAUUUGCUUAGUUAAAUCCAGGUGGUGUUUAUCUGAUGAACUGCCUUUGUAACACAUGUUUUUAAUCGUAAAGCAACUUCAUCGAUGCCCUGUUUCAUCCUUGCAUUACAAGAUUAAACGAAAACUACGCACUCGUUUCCUUGGAAGAACGACGUGCAGCCUCGGUUUGGUUUCCACAUGUCUUCCACGUUCUCUUUGAAGCGUUUUGCAAGAACCCGAGCUCGCUGCAAACACCUCCAGCUCGGGACUGCGUCGGUCUACGUUGAUCAGAUUUACUAAAAACAGCGUAAAGCUUGCAAAAAAGGGGCUGUUGUGAGGUUUAAGUCACGUUAUAAUGGUGUUUACUCCUCAAAAACAGACCUGCAGUUGUGUUUUUUUGUGUGUUUUAGUAACUCUUUAUUAUUAGCCUGCUCACAAUUUUAGCUCGACGAAUCCUGAUGGAACAACCAGGUCAUUCAGUAUAUUCAGGCAGACUGUUGCUGCACCUAGACCGGACCAACUGCAGCAACUCGUACCUAUUUGCUUCGUUAAACCGCGCCUGGCGACUUUCUUUUUGACCAAGCAGUGUAAAACAUAUCAGUACUGUCGUGCCAUGAACCUGUGACAUCUUUAUCAAACUAUCAGACGUUCAUUUUAUACCAUUUAUACUCACGUGUGUGUCCAACGGGGCUCUGUGGCUCUGUAUUCAGCUGAAACGUGAUUUCUCUGUGAAGAACUUUCAAUUUGAAGUUUCAGUUUCACAUCAGUGUCCCUUUCAGUAGUGUUUCCCAGAGCCUGUUAUUGCUUUACGUGCCGCGGGAGUCAACAGUGAUCACGUCAGAUUACACAACACGGGUCUGAGUCAGGCGUGUGGUCAGGGGCCGCUCCGUGUCGACACAAACAUAUCACACGUUAAGUUGUACUCAUGAGGACCGGGCUGGUUCAAGUCCAACUGUGUCAUGUGCGAGUUUAAAUGGAUUUGUGAUCAGAUCGAUUGUUUUGUACCGCACGAUGUUUGGGUAAAUGUAAAACUAUCCUGUGCUGAGUUUGUCAAAUUGAAACCAAAAGACUUGAAUGAAAACAUGAACAUUUCCAUUACCUGUGUGUUCAUUUCACGUGCGCCGAAAAACACCAAAACCACUCGAUACGUUACAGCGUCAAACCUGUGAAAGAGAUUAACUCAGGCAGAAAACUGAAAAACUGAAAAUUGAAUCGCACUCUCCAAACCUGGCGGCCGAGUGCUGUGUUGCAUUUUCUUUGUCUGUGAACGUUGUUGAAAUCUACUGUUAUUUUAUUUAGGCCUUUUGCCCUGCGUUUGUAAAAGUCGAAAUGUCUCGAGUCGAGUCUGAUUCUUGGAACAUGUGACGAAGUAAAAAGAAAAACUGAAUCAAUGGGACUGAAGAAUUUAUGAGAGAGAGGAAACGAGUGGGUUUUGAGAGAGAAAAUGCUUUGAAUUUGAGAGUAGGUUUGACUGGGUUUGAGUGAGAGUUUGAGUGGGUUUGAGAGUGGGUUUGAUGGGGUAUGAGAGAGGGUUUGAGUGGGUUUGAGAGAGGAUGAAAACGCUUGAGCUGUUGAUUUGCUUUGCUGGGAUUCGCUGUAUAAAAUGCAAACACGAGUCUGUGGGCACCAGGUGUGGUACAGUCUCUCACUGACCCAGUCAAACUGUAGCAUCAUUGUACACUGAACAUAUGUAACGUCACGCUCUGAAAUGUCCAGGGCAAAUGGAAUUGUAAAUAAAGACAUUUUUCAUCUUUUUUUAAGAAGAA